AUGAGAAGAUGGGAAGGAGCAAAAGGGAGUAUACAAUACGAAGAUGAAGAGGAGCAGCAAGAAGUGACGGUAAUAAUAGGAAGAGAAAAGGGAAGAAAUAGACGAAGAGAGGGAGGAGAAAAAGGAGAGGAGAAAAAUGGAAACAGAAACAGGAAACGAAGAAGGAAGGGAGCAGAAAAAGAGAGAAGGGGAGAAUGGGAGAGAGAGAAAGAGAGACAGAUGAGAGAUGAAAGGGAGGAGAGAAUAGAAGGGAGAGGAAAGAAAAGAGGAGGAGGAAGAAAUAGACGAAGAGAGGGAGGAGAAAAAGGAGAGGAGAAAAAUGGAAACAGAAACAGGAAACGAAGAAGGAAGGGAGCAGAAAAAGAGAGAAGGGGAGAAUGGGAGAGAGAGAAAGAGAGACAGAUGAGAGAUGAAAGGGAGGAGAGAAUAGAA